AUGCCCCAACCAUAUGACAAAAAUAUGACUGCUGCUAAAAAGGCGGCCAAAGUGGUAUUUGCUGCCCAGCAACAGGCUCAAUUUGAUCAGGCUGGCAAGCAGAUAUCUACUAUAUCUAUCCGCGAGGUUACCCAGCAGUAUAGCGUAUCUGAUAUGUCUAUUCGCCGGCAUCUUCAGACCCUUCAAGCUGGCCAUGACCUUCAGGCAAGCCCGCCGGCUGCCCUUGGCCGGCCGCGCGCACUAACCGCUGCUGAAGAUGCUGCUCUUGCGGCCUUUGUUAUAUGGCUUGCAGAAGCUAGCUUUCCAGCCUUGCCGAUACAGGUAAAGGAGACGGCCAACUAUCUGCGUAACCUCCGCGCUAUGCCUCCUAUAUCAGAGCACUUUGUCCAUACCUGGCUUGCCGACCACCCAGAGCUUCAGAAGAAGGCUGCUAUUAAGCCGGUUGAGAUAUACCAUAAAGGAGCAAAGCUGGACCCUGCCCCGAUAAAGGACUUCUUUACGCGGUAUCAGGCAACAGUCCGCGAGCAUGAUCUUGGCCCUUCAGAAAUAUGGAACGCCAAUGAGUCAGGGUGCCAAAUCAGCUGCCUCAGCAGCAGGAUACACGUGAUACUACUUCAGCGGCCACCAAAAUACAACCACCUGCCAGAGGUUAUCGAUCCUGCGAAUCGAGAGUCAUCAUACCAGGAUAUCUGA